GCCAGCACCAGCACCAGCACCAUGGUGACAUCCCCGGCCAUCCUCUGCCUCGUCGCCUGGCUCCUGCCCCCCGCCGCCGGGCACCUCUGGGCAUGGAUGUUCUCCCUGCCCCAGCACCCGCCGGAUGCGGCCGCCCUGGGCAGAAACCCCGGCCCAGGGAGCGACAUGGAGGAGGUGACCCCCUGCAGCCCGGCCGCCCCCUGUGCCCAGGGCCACUUCUGUGACGAGCACUUCGGGCUGUGCCUGCCCGCCCGCCCCGCGGGGCAAUUCUGCCGCCGCGACCCCCACUGCGCCCACGGCCUCCUCUGCAUGUUCGGCAAGUGCCAGCAGCCCGUGCCCCACGGGCAGGAGGGAGCCCGGUGCCAGCGGGACGAGGACUGUGGGGCGGGCGGCUGCUGUGCCCGGCAGCACGGCGAGCUCGUGUGCCAGCGGCGCCUGGCACUGGCCCAGAGCUGCCACGUGCCCCCCGGGGGUCUCGCCUUCAGCAUCAACCAGGUGUGCCCCUGCCAGGCCGGCCUGGUGUGCAGGCCCAGCCCACCCGGGAGAGAGAAGGCGUUCCAGUACCAGCUGGAGAAGAGCGAGUGGAGGUGCCGGCAGCCCUGAGCUCCAGCUCCAUUAUUUAUUCCCUGUAAAUAGCGUGUCCGUGGCGUGUCCAGACCCGGCCUAGCGCCGAUAAACCCGGCCCAGCGCCGCGCCGAGCCCGACGGCUGCCGGUGCCCUGGCAGAGGAGGGGCCAGAGCCCCCUGACCCCCACCCACAUCGGGUCUGUGCCCCUUCCCGGGAGCCGGGCUGGUCCCAGCUCCAUCCCAGUCCCAGCUCCAUCCCAGUCCCAGCCCCCUCCCUGGGCACCCCCAAGGCCCAGCCAGGGGGUCUCUGCAGAGCUGAGAGCUGAGCCCCGGUGGUUGCAGCCCCCUCCUCGUGUGUGUGUCCCCCGUGCCCCCAGACCCCCCACCAGGCUCAGCCGUGGGGACAGAUCUCACCGAAAUGUUUAUUACAAAGAACCAAGCGAGCGGGGCGAGUCCCCUUCCCCCCCUCCCCUCCCAACACACACACACACACAAACCAACGAGAAUAAAUAAAUAAAAUACACUUUGUCGGGUCUUUAAA